AAUAUAUCAACCUCUCUCUCCAGCUGAGUGUACAGUAAUGGGGAUUCCCAGUGUCUCCACCAAUCUGUCCGGUUUUGGCUGCUUUAUGGAAGAACACAUUGCAGACCCGUCUGCGUACGGUAUCUACAUCCUGGACCGGCGGUUCAGAGGGGUGGAUGAGUCCUGUAACCAGCUGACCUCCUUCCUCUACUCCUUCUGUCAGCAGAGCCGCAGACAGAGGAUCAUUCAGAGGAACCGGACCGAGAGGCUUAGUGACCUCCUGGACUGGAGAUACCUGGGGAGGUAUUAUAUUUCAGCUCGUCACAUGGCCCUGGCAAAGUCCUUCCCUGAGAUUUACAGUUAUGAGCCUCAUGAACCCAAUACUGCGCAGGGCUUCAGGUACCCCCGCCCUGCCUCGGUGCCCCCCUCCCCGUCGCUGUCCCGCCACUCCUCGCCCCACCACAGCGAGACGGAGGAGGAGGAGGAGGACGAGCGCUACGACGAAGACCUGGAGGCGGAGAAGGACCGGAAGAACAUCCGGCCGCCGGCCUCGCUGUCCGUGCGCCCCCGGCUGGGCCCCCCCGACGGCAACUCGCACCCCAGCACCGCCAGCUCCCCCACCAGCUCGCUGUCCAGCGAGAGGAACUAGCGGCCCCCCCGCAGCCCCCCCAGCACGUCAGAGCACUCCCCCCAGCCCGCGCUCCACUCUCCGGCCCC